AUGCAAACAGUGUAUCCUAAAAAACACGAUGCCCCUCAGUGGGACCCAGUGAAGUUGGAAUACCCGAUCAGGAAAUUCCCCAACACGAAUAUAUCUAGUGAAACUAUGGCGAGGACAUGGAAGCUACCUCCGGAGAUCAUAAAAACUCCUAGAGAGCCAAUAGAAGAGCUUCGAGAGUACCUGAGAGAUUACAACGUGACGAAAGAGCUGACCCAGUCUCAGACGACACAACAUUUCGGGUACAAACCACCAGACACCAGAAGACACAACAAGCAUACCUCGUGUAACGAUAACCGGUACAUAUACCCGCCUCCUAGAAAACUCGAAGACCGACCACCACAAUGCUCAGCGCAUGGCAGCACAGAGAUGCGAAGUGCUUACAUCGAGCCUAUCACACCACCGCGACUGGUCACAGAUAAAGACCAAUUCAAACAUCCAGCCAAUUUGCCUGGUCAGGAACACGUACCCCCUAGCUUCCACAAAGAGCUAGAACCUCUGGACACGACCCACGAUGGAUUCCAGAAGUACCUGGACCCCUACCUGACCACCAGCCGUCUUCAUCACAGACCCUUCACCGCUGAUCAACUCAGUAGACAGUCUGCGUCGAGGGACAUCGUAACUUAUUAUACUUUGGCGAAUACUCCUUGGGCGUGGUCAGCCAAACCAAAGAUUGAAAACUGGAAUUUGCCACCACGUCGACCCAAAUCGAUGUACGACAGAGAAAAGUUCAAACAAGACUUCAGGGAAAUAAGGACACACAACCAGCUGCAAUGGGUACCCGGGUCAUUUCGAACAGAAACAAGGGACAACUAUGUGCCUCAAGAUAAUUUCGAUGUACAAGCCGAAGUCGGAAGAUAUUAUAAGCGCACAGCUGCUAAACUAUCUACAAAGGAUCCGUGUGAAGAAUCAAUCAUACGACAGUCAUAUCGUUCAGAAAAUUCCAGGAUCGGUUCCGGAGUACCCCUCUGCGCAGAUAUAGACCCGUUUGUGGAGAAAAAUAAAGUUGUUGAAAGAUUGAGUGUCAAAAAUGUCAAAAAGUGGAGAACUGAAAGCUCGUAACUCUUUUAUAAACCAUGGUAGAGAUUCGUUUUUGGUUUCAUAAAAGUUCACAAAUUAUAUAGUAGCAUAUGUGAU